UCUUGAUAUUGAUGACACAUAAAGAACGAUUUAUCGAUCAGACAGUGGUGACUUGAUGUUGAGAAUGUAAUCGUGAUUCAGAGACUAAGGGGAUUGUGUGUGUGAGCAGCUACUUCAAAGUUGGUACCAUGAUGUUGGAAGACAGUGCAGCUUCAUACGGAAAAAACGAUAUAAAUUUCAGUCCACUCCGUCUUACCAGCUUGAGACUGUUCUUUUGGAAUGCAGGCGAUCCGCGUUCAGAACAGCUUCCGUAGCCUGGGAUUUGCGAAAGCAAGAGUAGGAUUUGGACUGAAGGGUCGAAAUGGUAUAACCGUAGGACGAGUACGAAGUGUUAGCAGCAACGCUUAUGCGUCUUUGCGCAAUUCACCGGCCAUUCUAGAUAGUUGUUUUGAAUUGUCAACAGCAUUCACCGACAAUGCAUCCAGCAAAGGCUACAGCAUAAACGACUUCUUGGUCUAUCCUGAUUUUGUAACAAAGGAAGAAAAAGAAACUCUAACAUCUAUCUGCGAAAAGAAGCUGCGAAGGUCGUUUGGUCCCAAAGUGGAGUACUUCCCAAUUCAUCCCGACAGUGUUAUUCACCAAUACCGAGAGUGCAGUGCCAGUCAUUGGGGCAAACAGGACGAGUUCAUGAAGGAAUUCAUCAACAAAAAGAUCUAUUCAAUGUUUCCCGAUCAAAUGGAGUGGCUGGAUCCUCAUGUUCUAGACUUGGAUGGUGACGGUGAAAUUAAGGCUCACGUAGAUAAUAUUGAGUACUCUGGUUCGGUCGUUGCUGGGUUAUGUCUGCUAUCACCAGCAAUUAUGACGAUGCGACACAAAGAUGACUCCAAUAUACGAUUCGAUGUGCUACUAGAACCUGGCACAUUCUAUAUACAAAGAGAUACCAUUCGAUAUUCGUUCACGCAUGAAAUUAGAUUGAGUAACACUACAUGGAAAGGAAAUGAAGUUGAUAGAAGCAGACGGAUCUCCCUGUUAUUCAGAGACAAAAAGAUAUAACGUGUAAAGAGGCUUGGCCUAAGUAAAUUAUACAGAUACUUUGACAUAUUUGCUGUUGAAGUCUCAAAAAAGACAAACAACCAUCUAUAGAGGAUGCAAAAGGUGAAAUAAAUGAAG